CAGCAAACAUUAAAGCCAGAACCCGGACCUCGAGAGAGUGCAUGCCUUGCAGCUUAUCAAAAUAGAGUAUAUGUAUUUGGUGGGACUGGAAAUGACCUACAGAAUAGUUGGUUCAGUUAUGUUGAAGCACCAUUUGAUACUUCAAAUUUGAAAUGGGUCGCAAUGCCUACGACUGGCUCACAUAAUGCGAGUAGUAGACCAGCCUGUGGUGUGACUUCUUCUGGUGUGUUAAUAGUGACAGGCGGCGGUGUAAUUUCUGACGUGAAUUAUAAGGGUAUACAAGCCUUCGAUCUAACUAAAGGAACGAGUGGUACAUGUCACAGUCUUGUUAUAUUUACUACUUCUGCUGGUGAAGAAGUACUAUUCCAAUUUGGUGGGUCUCCAUCAAAUGAUACAUAUUUACUUCAUAUAUCCAAUAUGACAUGGGAAACGAUACCAUUAGACUCAACUACCCCACCACCAAAUGGUCUAUUUGGUAUGGCUUAUUCUAAAGAUAAUGUGUACAUAAUUGGUGGAAGUUCCGAUUUUAAUGGUGGUUUAUUCUAUGAUGUAUGGGGUUUCAAUGUUCCCACACGCAAAUGGUUUGAUCCAAAAGCAUCAAUGCCUACUGGAUGGUUUAAUGGACAUGUAGGACAUUUAAAUGAUACUUUUUUUAUAGUUUCUGAUGAUAGUUCUGGUCCAUCUGCCAUGAGAGUUUGGACGUUAUCAAACAAUUCUUUUGAUACUUACUCUUCUGGACCUAUGUCCACAGUAGGUCAUGCUUAUUAUGCUAAUGCACAACUCCUUGGUAGUGACGCUUUAAUUACUUACGGUGGAAGUACAAAAAAUAGUAGUGUUAAUGAUAUAAACACCUAUCUUGGAAAUACGGCUGAUAUGUUAAUAUUUAAUAUGACUCAAAGAGCAUGGGUUACUACUUAUAAUUAUGUAACAAAUGCUCCAAUGGAUAAAUUUCUUGGUGGUCCUUUGGCUCCUAAUCAGAAUGACCCAUUCAUAAAACCCCUCACUUCCGUUUCACAAGGAAAUAGUACCAACAAAAAUAAUUCAACAGGCAAUUCAGGCAAUUCAGGCAAUCCAGGAAAUCCGACAAGCAAUAAUUCACAAUCAUCUUUAAUGUUAUAUGUUGCUAUAGGAGGAGGCUUGUUACUUCUUAUAUUAGCUAUUAUCAUGUUCAUCUUUUAUAGAAUUUAUCGAAAGAAACAAUUUGAAAAAUCAAAAAUCCAUUCAUUCGGAAAAGACGAUAACUUUGAUCAAGAUCCUUCUUUGGAUCAUAAAUCAAAUUUAAAAGCAUAUAAUCCGGCUCAAUUUAAUAUAUCUUCAGAUAAAAAUCUUGAUUUUCCAAAACCCGGUUUUUAUUCAAAUUCAAAUUCAUCAAAUUCUACAUUAACAACAUUAACAGGAGCUCCACAUACAAUACGUGUACAUGUACCUAAUUCCAAUACUCGAUUUAAAGAUGAAGUAUUUGGUCGUCAUAAGCUUAAUGCUAUGACUUAUGAUCAACCUGAUGUUGUCACAAUAACACCAUCUGCUCCUACUGGAACUGUCAUCCUUCAACGUUAUAAACUUUGCGGAAAUUCUGCUUAUGGUGGUAAUAAUACGAUACGUCAAGCUAUUGAUGAACAAACAGAUGAUCAAGUUGCUAUCAAAUUCUUUCAAAAUUUUGAAUCUUUUGAAAGAGAAGUUAUUAUGCUUAAAUACUUACGAUCACGUCAUGUUGGUGAAUUGUUGGCAUUAUAUGAACUUCCAUCAAAAAAAGAUUGGCCUUAUGUUAUUAUAUUAAAUUAUUAUCCUCAAAGCAUGGAUAAACUAAUCAUAACAAAAUUAUCCUCAAUGGAUGUUUUGUAUAUUAAAUUGUUAAUUAAAUCUAUUACUCAAGCAAUUCAUUAUCUUCAUACUCAUAAUGUUGCUCAUUUGGAUAUUAAACCUGGUAAUUUUGUACAUGAAAAGGAUGACCUUACAUCCUGGCGUCUUGUGGAUUUUGAAGCUGCCAGAUUUGUAGGAGAAGAAUGGGUCGAUGAUUGCUCACCUAUGUAUUGCCCACCCGAGGUGUACAAUGCAGCUUAUAAUAAUCAGUCAAUAGUUGCUUCAACUUCAAUGGAUAUAUGGUCACUUGGUUGUAUAAUUUAUGAAUUAUACACAAAUACACCACUUUUCUAUUCUGAAGAAGAAGCCAUUAAUAAAUUAACUAGAAGUUUUGCUCAAGGCGAAUUGGUAGAUUUUCCAUUAAAUAAAAUUCCUGAUCAACAAGCUAGAAAUAUUUUAUCAAAAAUGUUGGCUGUCAAACCAUCAGAAAGAAUAUCAUGUGAACAAAUUCUUCGUUCAGCCUUUUUAAAUUCAGAUCGUAUAAUUACAGUAGUAAACCAAAAUACAAGUGCAAUUCUUUCAACUCUUCAAGAAACAACUAAUCUUAUCCUUAAACAAAUUGAUGCUGUAGUCAAUAGUAUAACUGAUACAGUAGAUGCUGCAAUACCACGUUUAUAUGUUUUAUUACCAGGUCAAGAAGCCAAAUCCAUAUUCAAACCACAUACUUGGGGAAAAAAUACAUUUAUCUUACAUCUUCUUUGUGAAGGUCUAGAUCCAAAUAAUCAAGAAGCACAUUUUACAAAUCAUGUGGGUUAUAAAAUUCAUGAUCCAAAGCUUUUAUUAAGAAAAGCUGCUCGACCUACUGAAUAUUUUAAACAACUUACACAAAUUCUUGAUUCAGAGAUUACAUUUUCAGAACAAACAAGAGAUAUUGAAAAAACAAAAAAAGAUCCUGUUGGUCGGAUGAAAGUUGUUCAAGGAGCUGCAUUACGAGAACUUGAGGCCUUUUUAGCAAUGAAUGAUCAAGCAAAAGAAUGGGGUGGUCUCACACGUGUUGUGAUGGAAAAUGGUCGUUGGCGAUGGGUUUGUGGACAUUGCUAUAAUCGUUUGAACACUUAUGAAGAUUCUUAUUCGGUUGAUGAGGACGAGGAUUUUGGGAUGGCAAUGUGA